AUGUUAGAUAGGUUGUUAGCAGAAGUGAAUGAAAUCGGUGGAAGGAUACAAGUUGGUGACAAAGAAAUAGGUGGAAGAAUAGAACCUGGUAACAUGGAAAUGGGAGGAAGGAUAGAAGCUGGUAACAAAGAACUGGGUGGAAAAACAGAAGCUACUGAUAAAAAGAUAGAAUGUGUUACGAACAAAGUAGAAAUUAUUAGUAAAUCUCAAAAGGAUACGGCGGAGGAACUCGGAAACCUAGCCAAAAGUUUUGAACAAAGGUUGAAGGAUUUUAAAAAGGAGCUUGAGGAGGGACUGGAAAGAAUUUCUGAGGUCAAAUUCGACAUGAGAAAAGAUUUUGAAAAUUUUAACGAUGAGGUGAAAGAGAGAUUUAAGAAAACAGAACACGGGUUUUCUCAUAUGUAUGAAGUAAUUAAAGAAUACGAAGUGGUACAGGGAGAUGGAGAAAAGAAAGGUAAUAUAAUGAAAAUUGAAAGUGAGGGAGAAGAAAGUGAGGAGAGUAGUUGUAGUGAAGAGGAAGAAGAAGGAGUACAAGGAGAUGGAUUUCUCUUACAUGGUAGUUUGCAGAGAGACACUACAGAAGGAGAGGGGCUAAUUUUUGAAAUUAUUGAGGCAGAGACUUCUGCAAAUUCUAUGAACAAUGGUAUAGGCACAAAGGAAGAGGAAAGAGCAAAUGCAUUUAUCAUGACCUUGCUAAAAGAAAGUAGAGAGAGGGAAGAAAGGUUACACAAAUCAUUUAGGAAAAGUUCGCAAGAAAUAAGAGAAUCAUUUAAGAAAGAUUUACGGGAAUCAUUAAAGAAGAGUUCACAAGAACUCAGAGAAGCAAUAGAGAAGAGUUCACGAGAAUUCAGAGAAUCACUAAAGGAAGAUUUACAGGAGAUCAAAACAUCGUACACAAAGAUGGAAGAUAAUCUGAUGAAGGAAAUGCAGGAGUUACCAGAACGAUUGAAGAUGAACGUCGACGAGAAAGAAAGUAAGCUACAGAAGAAUACAGACCAGAUCCAGGGAGACGUGGAGAAGACGGAAGGAAAGUUAACAGAGAAGAUAGAAGAAGAUGUUGAAGAAAAUAGAACCGAAUUGGGAGAAAAGAUCACCGAGGUGACGCAGAUGCAGAAACAAUGCAACGAUGUGGUUGAGGGGAUAGGAGAUAAGCAAAACCAAUUGGCAGUCAAUCCGAGAAAUGCUAUAGCCGUGCAGCGAGAAGAAGAUGACCAGUGCAUUGCAAUCGAAGGUGAGGACUUCACUUGUGGAAUCAAGAGGAAGAAAGGGAAUACUAAUUAUGAUCAGUUUGGAGGAGGAUUAUUGGAGAAAUGCUGGCCCAAAAGUCGUCAGUGUGCAGAACUUGAGGACCCACUACGAUGCAGACCACUUAGUAAUUGGAAAGGAACGUCGGAAGAAUUUGCCAAACAUUUGUGGAAAUGGAACGAGAUUUUGGAACAACCCCUGAAUGAUAACGUCAUGGACCGGAAAGUCGAGCGCUGGAGGACCCUCUCGAAGAGGAAGGCGACAGAGCGCAGAGGCGUCUCCGACGGCGACAUGGGCUGCUAUGAUGACGGCAUCGGGGGUAAGGGCGCGUCCACCUCCAUGGGAAGCGCCUUGGGCUGA